UUAGACUUAAGAGUAUUUAGCAAAAAACACUCACUUUUUGCUUCUUUGGUCACUUCACAUUUAAUUGGACACAAAAAGAAAAAAGACACUCACUUUUAUUUUUGAUCACUCUUUUCCCCUCUUCCCCAUUUCAUCAAACCAAGCAUUCACGAGACACUUCUGAAUUCCCUCCUUUGAAUUCAUCCUUCUCUCUCUCUCUCCUCUAAUCUACUUCACUUGGAUUACAAAACCGUGAACAUCUCUUACAAUCCAUUUUUCUUUUCUUUCUUUCUUGAAUUUUCUAUCAUUUCACUCGAAAAUUCAAUCCUCUUCAGUUCAGUUUAGUUCAAUCCAGUCCAUUCCAGUUCAUUUCAACUCGAUAUUGUAUUCUACCUUUCGCGACCAUGAAGCUGAAUAACCCACUAUUGAAUCAAUACCUUUCUUUGUUUCUCCUUAAUCUAAGCAUGUUUCUAUAGUACUCUUUCUAAACUUCCCCUGUUUUUUUCAUUUUUGGUUAGUUUAACAAAAAAAAAAAAAAAUGAUGGUUCAAUGUUAUGGACUAACCCAUUGGGUAUUUCUGUCACGUAUAAACUUUUAACCAAUUGUGGCAUGCUACAAAUCAUAGCCAUAAUUUCGAAAAGCCAUGCAUCUCAAUCAGUUCAUGAAGUUCUUAAAAUCAAUCCAAACUUACAGAAGAAAAAUCCCAGUAAUAAUAUUUUCACCCUCUUCUAAUUAUUAACAUAAAAAUUUUCUUACAAUAUUAUUAUUUUUUUUGUCCUACAAAAAAGUUCAUCAAAAUCAGAGAUGGAGAGCUCAUCAUGUUUUCCAACAUCAUUAAGCUGUUUAAAUCUCCGGAGGAGGAGGAGGAAGUCACUAGCGAUUCGCUCAAUGGCGAAAGCACCAAGAAGAAACUGGGAUAUGGAUGCAGAAAGCACGGAGAGGAAGCGAUUCGAUAGCUUGGAAUCGUGGUCGAUGAUACUGGAUUCAGAGAAUAUAGAAGCAUUAGAAUCAGCAAACCAAGAAGGAAAAGAAGAAUGGACAGCAGAUUUAUCGCAGUUAUUUAUAGGAAAUAAAUUUGCAUCAGGAGCUCAUAGUAGGAUUUAUAGAGGGAUUUAUAAGCAGAGAGCAGUUGCUGUAAAAAUGGUGAGAAUUCCAACACAUAAAAAUGAAGCAAGAGCUAAGCUUGAACAUCAGUUUACUUCUGAAGUUUCCUUGCUUUCUGGCCUUUAUCACCCCAAUAUAGUCCAGUUUAUUGCUGCCUGUAAGAAACCACCAGUAUACUGCAUAAUUACAGAAUACAUGUCUCAAGGGACCCUGAGGAUGUACCUAAACAAGAAGGAGCCUUACUCCCUCUCAACAGAAACGAUACUUCGAUUAGCCCUCGACAUUUCAAGAGGAAUGGAGUACCUUCAUUCACAAGGGGUGAUCCACAGGGACCUCAAAUCCAACAACCUGCUCCUCAACGACGAGAUGAGGGUGAAGGUGGCAGAUUUUGGCACGUCAUGCUUGGAAACGCAGUGCCAAGAAACCAAAGGCAACAUGGGAACGUAUCGUUGGAUGGCCCCGGAGAUGAUCAAGGAAAAGCCCUACACAAGGAAGGUAGAUGUGUAUAGUUUUGGGAUUGUUCUUUGGGAGCUUACUACUGCUUUGCUUCCCUUCCAGGGUAUGACCCCUGUACAAGCUGCCUUUGCUGUUGCUGAAAAGAACGCUCGGCCUCCCUUACCAGCAAGUUGUCAGCCUGCCUUGGCACAUCUAAUAAAGAGAUGCUGGGCAGCAAACCCAAACAAAAGGCCAGAUUUUAGUUACAUUGUGGCGGCUCUUGAGGAAUACGAUGAGUGUGUGAAGGAAGGCCUCCCUCUCGUGUCACGCCGUCGAUUGGUCAGACGUAAUGCGAAUGCAAUAGCUCAUCGUUUCAAAGCCUGCAUUACCUUAAAUUCUCCCCCCUCCUCUUCUAUACCUGUAAAUGCAUGA